AUGCCCUCUUACGAAGAAGUCGCUAAACACAACUCUCCUGAAAGUGUCUGGAUCAUUGUUCACGGCAAGGUCUACGACGUCACUGCUUUCCUUCCAGAACAUCCAGGUGGACAAAAAAUUAUUCUCCGCUACGCUGGUAAAGAUGCCACUGCAAAGUUUGACACUAUCCAUCCUAAAGAUAUCAUUGAUAAACUUCUCCCCAAAGAAGCAUACUUAGGUCCCGUUACUGGUACACCUCCAACAACUCAAAAGUCUGGAAACAAACAAGCUGAAUCUAAACAAGACGAAAAUGAAGAGGAUGAUGAAGAUGAAGAUGAUGACGAUGACGAAGACUCUGAAUAUGAAGCUAUCCGAAGCAAAUAUAAUGACAACAAACCCCCACUUAACCAAAUGUACAACCUUUUUGAUUUUGAAAAUGUUGCACGCCGUGUCAUGACACGUACUGGCUGGGGAUACUAUUCCUCAGGUGCCGAUGACGAAAUCACUCUGCGCGAAAACCACCGAGCUUUCCACCGUAUUUGGUUUCGCCCAAAAGUUCUUGUUGAUGUGACCCAUGUUGAUCCCUCCACUUCUUUACUCGGCAUCAAGUCUUCUUUGCCCAUUUACAUCACAGCCACUGCUCUGGGCCGUCUCGGCCAUCCAGAUGGUGAAAAGGUCUUGACUCGGGCAGCUGCUCACGAAAAUGUGAUUCAAAUGAUCCCUACACUUGCCUCCUGUUCCUUUGAUGAAAUUGUGGACGCACGACUCAAGCCUGAUCAACCUCAAUGGUUCCAACUCUAUGUCAACAUGGACCGUGAAAUCACCAAAAAGAUUGUCCAACAUGCUGAGAAGCGUGGAAUCAAAGGUCUCUUCAUCACAGUCGAUGCCCCACAACUCGGUCGCAGAGAAAAAGAUAUGCGUGCCAAGUACGUUGCUCAAGGAGCAAAUGUUCAGGAGGAGGAAGAUGAAGAAGAGGAAGAAGAAGAUACCGGCUCGGAAAUUACUGGUUCCGGUAUUGAUCGCAGUCAAGGUUAUGCGCGUGCCAUUUCUUCCUUUAUCGAUCCUGCUCUUUCUUGGAAAGAUCUUGUUUGGUUCCGCAGUAUUACUAAAAUGCCAAUUCUUAUCAAGGGCGUUGGUCGUGUUGAAGAUGCCAUCCGUGCUGCCGAGGCUGGUAUCGACGGUAUUGUGAUUUCCAACCAUGGAGGCCGCCAGCUUGAGUUUGCUAAACCUGCCAUUGAAGUUCUUGCUGAAGUCAUGCCUGCGCUGCGCGCACGUGGCCUUGAUAAGAACUUUGAGGUUUACAUUGAUGGUGGAAUCCGCCGUGCUACUGAUAUUGUUAAGGCUGUAUGUCUUGGUGCAAAGGGUGUGGGAAUUGGUAGACCCUUCCUUUAUGCCAUGUCUUCAUAUGGUGAAAAGGGUGUCCGUCGGGCUAUCCAGUUGCUUCGCGAUGAGUUUGAAAUGAAUAUGCGUCUGCUUGGUGUUACUUCUGUGGAUCAGCUUAAUGAAACUUUCCUUGACAUUCGUGAUUUGAGCCAUCACUCUGCCAUUCCAUCAGAUAACUUGACACAGGCCGUCUACGAGCCCAUGGUUCCUCCAUCCUUCAAGAGUAAGAUUUAA